AUGAGUGAAUGUUUGAAAUAUCAUACACCAAAUGAAGAAUGCAUGGAAUAUGCAAUUAUUUCACACAACAUUGAUUUUGUUACAUUCGUGAUGAAUGAAUACAAUUUGGAGAUUGUUUUAGAGUGUUGCGCAUGGUAUAAUAAUAUGGAAUCGUUUUUAAUUUAUAUAGAUCAAACUAAUGAUUUUAACAAAUGCUUUAUUAAUUCAGCGAGGUUCAAUAUUCCAUCCUUACUCGAAUACUUCCUUUCACAUGGUGCGAAUAUCAAUGAAAAAGAUAAAUAUGGAAGAACCGCACUUCAUAUGGCAGCAUUGAAUAAUAGUAAAGAAACAGCUGAACUUCUUAUUUCACAUGGUGCAAAUAUCAAUGAAAAAGACGAAGAUGGAAAAACCGCACUUCAUUUUGCAGCAGAAAGAAACAAAAAAGAAAUAACAGAACUUCUUAUUUCACAUAGUGCAAAUAUCAAUGAAAAAGGUGAAGAUGGAAAAACCGCUCUUGAUUUUGCAGUAGCUCAUAAUAGUAAAGAAACCGCCGAACUUCUUAUUUCACAUGGUGCGAAUAUCAAUGAAAAAGAUAAAUAUGGAAGAACCGCUCUUCACUUUGUAGCAUUAUGGAAUUUUAAAGAAAUAGCUAAACUUCUUAUUUCACAUGGUGCGAAUAUCAUUGAAAAAGAUGAAGGUGGAAAAACCGCACUUCAUUUUGCAAGAUUGAAUAAUAGCAAAGAAACAGCUAAACUUCUUACUCCAGCCGGCUUGUAA